UGUGUCAAUGAUGCAUGCCUAUACGAUAUUUUUCAGUGAAUCCUGCCAGUCGGAAGCCGCGCUACUACAAGCGAAUUGAUGGGUACUUAAGUAACUUAAGACUUUUGACGCUAAACAUUGCUUGUUUUAAAGUGCGCGAGUUAAGAGAUUAAACAAAAUUCUUUAUAUUUAUUUGUUGCUUAAAAUUUAAUUAAUAUUCACUGACUUAAACAACAAUUAUGUGCCAUUUCUAUGAUGUUACAAAGUUUAUAUAUUUUAGUGAUAUUUAAAUUUAUUUUAGCAAUCGCCAUAUUUAACUGCCCAAAAUCAGACACGCGUUUUGAAAAAGUCGUGGGCUUAAGGCCAUCAUCAAGCAACGCUCAGCCUCUGCUACACAGCAACGAUUCUACUUAUCCCAUUACUCUAGAUUGCUUAGCUAGCUGUCAGAAUAAUGACAGGUGUAUCAGUUUCGUGCUGCACUACGACACGCAGGAAUGUUAUUGGUUUGAGACUGACGUUGGCGAGACUGGACAAGAAGUUCGACAAGUCAUAGACAACGAAGCUGCGUGGUUUGUGAAAACAUGCCUGAAAGAAGAUAUACCUUGUAACAAGUCAUGGAUCUUCGAAAGAGUGCCAGGAUCGACUUUAAUAGGCAACGACACAAAAAUACUGCCAAACAACUUAACCAGAACCGCGUGUCAACAGGAAUGCCUAAACGAAAAAAGCUUCCAAUGCAAAUCUAUCAAAUUUAAAAUAAACUUUAGUUACAACGUCCCAGAAACAAACAGAAGUGUCGGUACUUGUGUUUUAAGUGAUUCCGAUAGACACUUAAUGCCCAACUCCUAUAGAGUAUCGACUUUUGAUGAUGAAUAUUUCGAAAACCAAUGUGCAAAUUCAGAUUAUGGAACCAAAGAUUAUUGCGCUUAUGAGGAAUACGAAAACGUAAUUUUAAGUCAUGCAGACUUAUUAUAUACGCAGAAAACCAAAGAGGAAUGUCAAAUACUCUGCGAGUCUUUCAAUCGAUUUAACUGUAGAGGCUUCAGCAUUAUCAGUGGCAAAACCAAUAAUGUUUGCUUGCUGCAUAGUGAGGAUAGUAAAUUACAUGGACCAAAGUUGUUGGAACCUUCAUCAGAUUCCAAAUACUACGAGAAAGCUAGAUGUCUAAACAUUAGUGUGUCAUGUAGUGAAAGUUACAUGACGAUACGUUAUCAGCCCGAACUAGAAUUUCGAGGGAAAUUAUACAUGCAAGGGAAUUCGGAAAAUCCGCAAUGUUUUGUAUGGGGCCAAGGAAAAUUUAACACUAUCACACUCAAACUACCUUUACUCACCAGCCAAUGUGGUAUAAUUAAAGCUGACAGCCCUACUAACAGAACUCUAUUGGCUGGGACAUUAGUGAUACAAUACAACGCACUUAUACAGACACGCUCGGACAGAAUAAUAAAAGUUGGGUGCAUCUUUGGAAACGAAUCUAAAGUUCUAAUUGGUACAGGAGUUAAAAUUUCAUCAUCCCUUCCUAAUAAAGGCAGUACACUGUUAAACACUGCAUCAAACGAAACUGUAGCUCCGGUAGUAGAGAUGAAAGUCGUUGAUUUGAGGUCCCAAGAAGAAACCAUUGACUCGCAAAUAGGACAAGAAUUACAAAUGAUUAUUGAACUGGAAAAUAACAUAGAAUCAUAUGGCCGACGAAAAAGGGCAAUUUUAACUCCAGUUCUAGAAACUAUUAAUGGAAGUACUACAAUCAGGUCAAAUGGCAUCAAAAAUAAAACAUAUUAUAAUAAUUACAAUAGCAAAUCAUCUGUAACAAAUCAAAUGCCUCUUGAAUAUAUUAUGGUUGUCAGAAACCCAAACUCAUAUUCAGACAGACUAAUUGUUGGUGAUAGAGAUACUAAAAUAUUAGUUGCAGGUUACAAUUACAAAACUGAUGAAGUCUGUAUGGAUUAUUCGUUAGUAAUUGGCUUAAUUAUUACAUGGAUUAUUACAACUUAUUUUUACCAUUUGCUGUAUUGUCCUAGUCCGAAGAUACAAGAAGUAUUAUGA